AUGGUCGACCGACAACCCCGGUCGAUCCCUGAUAUUACGUUCACCAACGCAGACUUCCAUGCACCCGACCCUGAUCAUGAUGACCCCAUGGUUAUCACCGCCAGCAUAGCUCGAUACGAUGUCAGCAAGGUUCUAAUUGAUCAGGGAAGUUUGGUCAAUAUCCUGUUUUGGUCAACCUUUAAAAAGAUGGACCUAUCCGAAGACCUCAUCGCCCCUUUUAACGAACAAAUUGUAGGUUUCUCAGGAGAAAGAGUGGACACCCGAGGAUACCUCGACCUACGAACACGACUCGGAAUAACUCUAGAAGCACCAGAACUCAGAAUUCGAUUCUUACUGGUCGACGCCAAUACUUCGUACAACGCUUUGAUAGGACGACCCUGUCUAAAUGCCUUUGGGGCAAUCGUGUCGACCCCUCACCUAGCCAUGAAGUUUCCUACGGAGCGCGACACCAUUUGCACUGUAAAGGCAGAUCAACGAACAGCUCGACAAUGUUAUGUUGCAGGAUUGAAACUCUCCCCUCUUGUACCCAUGAGAAAGUCGAGAAGGGCUGAUAUAGCGGCCAUCGAAUUGGACCCGCGAACCAAUACAGAGGACCGUCUCCACCCUCAGGGCGAUGUCAAACUCCUUCCGUUAACGAAGGACCCGAACAAAACUACGACCAUUGGUGGGAACCUGGACUUUAACGAUGAACAAAAUCUGGGACGUAUAUUACGAGAGAACGCAGACUUGUUCGCUUGGACAGCUGCUGACAUGCCAGGAAUCCAUCCUGGAAUCAUGGCACACAAGUUGUCCAUCUUCCGAGAAGCACGACCCGUCACACAAAAGAAACGACGGUUCGGGGAAGAGAAGCGUAAAGCCAUCCAGGUCGAGGUGGAAAAGUUGAUGAACGCCCGGUUCAUCAAGGAGUUAACUUACACCACAUGGUUGUCGAACGUAGUUAUGGUCAAAAAGUCGAACGGCCAGUGGAGAAUGUGUGUCGAUUUCACCGACCUCAACAAAGCAUGCCCCAAAGAUUCAUAUCCUUUGCCUAGCAUAGACCGCUUGGUAGACGGAGCGUCCGGUCAUACAAUACUCAGUUUCCUCGACGCGUACUCGAGAUACAACCAAAUCCCCAUGUACGCACCCGACCAGAGCAAAACAGCCUUCACCACUGAACAGGCUAAUUACUGUUAUGAAGUAAUGCCAUUCGGUUUGAAGAACGCAAGGGCUACCUAUCAACGUCUGAUGGAUAAAGUCUUCCAUCAAUAG